AUUAGGAAAUAAUCAAAUCAAAUUGAAACCACAUCAAUUUCAAGUUGCAUACAAAGAAUAUAGUCAUCUUAAAAUAAAGCAUGUGGUUCUUCCUUUUCUAUAAGGCAAGAGAGAAUCAAGAACAGGUUGCAGCAUCUGGUUCUUCAAGGUCUUCCAAACAGUCGCGAUUUAACCAUGAUUUAGGUUCAGCUCAGAUUUAUAUUCACCAUAUCAGGUUAGCAUUUAGGUACAUGAAAAUUGGCAUGAAAAACACCAAGUUGAAUAUCGUUUUUCAGCCCAACCAGGAUAAUAUUAAUACUACUGCUAAGUACACUAACACAAAACAAGAGCUGGUUAGCAAGGAAUUGCAGUCUUUUACAUCUGCUAAUUCUGGAUUAAAGGACGGUGGUGAUGGCAAACACAAUGACAAAACAUUGAUUAAUAACCUACCUAGUAACCUUUCAGGAAAUGGGAAUGGAUCAGUUUUCAUUAGCGUCUACAACUAUAAUUUCAGCAUGCAUUAUCCUCCUACUACCUAUGGAACACCUGUCUUUUCCUAUUAUCCUCCAUUGAGGUCUCCUUCUGCAUUUGGUAACAAGAGGGCUGUGUUAUUUGGAAUCAGUUAUGCUGACACGGCGGCUCCGAGGAAGCUUAAAGGUUCUGUGAACAAGGCUAAACUCAUGAAACAAUUUUUGAUUGACAAGUUGGGAUUUCCUAGCAAUUCAAUAUACAUGCUCACAGAUGAUUCAGAGGAGAAAAACACAACCCCAACAAAAAGUAACAUGCGAACGGCCAUGAGGUGGUUAGUUGAGGGCAGCAAACCAGGGGACUCGUUGGUGUUUUACUUCUGUGGACAUGGAUCACGGGUUAAAGACCGUAACAUGGAUGAGGUUGAUGGGUAUGAUGAAGCAAUAUGUCCUGUUGAUUAUGAACACGAGGGUAUGAUACUCGAUGACGAAAUCAGUGCCACAAUUGUUAGGCCUCUACCUCAUGGUGCCAAACUCCAUGCCUUUGUUGAUGCAUCCUUUAGUGGGACAGUUCUUGACUUACCAUUUUUGUGCAAGAUGAACCGGAUUGGUUCUUUUGGUUGGAAAGAUCAUAGACAACGGAGAGCCGGUUACAAAGGCACAAGUGGAGGGCUAGCAGUUUGUAUUUCAGCUUGUGAAGACAAAGAUGGAAAAGCAGCAAGCAAAUCGGCCUUGACUUACAGUUUUCUCCAAGUCAUGCAAGAUGUACCUAAAUUGACAUAUGGUCGCUUGCUCAAUGCUAUGCUCUUUACAAUCCAAUGGGCUAAAGCUGGAAAGAUUGAACUAAAAGGCCAAGAUCUUGCAAGGACCAUUUCGCAACAAUAUGCUCAAGAGCCGCAAUUGUCGUCUUCUGAGAAGUUUGAUAUUUCUACCAAGUUGUUUAUAAUCUGACACAUAAAUAACAACAUUGUUAAAUAAAAUGAGCGCAGGAAUAGAAAAAGACUAAUGUCCAGUUGGGAAUAAGGAAAGUACUUGGAUUGGAUGUAUACUAUGUACCGACUCACUUGUGCUGUCCAACCACUAGCUGUUCCUAAACAUUGAUGUAGAUUAAGACACUUUUGACAAUAAACUACUCUCUGAUUUAUGUGUAUAUGAUUCAUUGAGGAAGUGAAUGAGUUAUGUAAAUUACAUUGUUGAUUUUUGGUUCGGUGUUUGCUUGUUCUUUGCUGAGAUAAAUACAAUCUUUUUCCGAGAAGCUA